AGCCACACGCCUACUACAGUACCGGCGCUGCUGCUUCUCGCUAGCAUUGCUCGUUCACGAGGUGCUCGAUCGAUCGCAUUUGAAGUUUACUCACUGCUCCCUUUUCUUUCUUUCAUUCUUUUUUUCUAUACCGCAUGCAGUACCCGGCGGCGUCGCAUUUGAAAUAGAUUCGAGUAAAGCUGCCAUUUUAUUUUUCCCCGAAAAUAUACCGGUAAUUAGAGUCUUUACGAUCGAGAUCGAUGUGUUCCGAAAGCGUUCUCGAUCGCCGUCCAUGCUGUACGCUUAUGGUUUCACUUUGCUGCUACCUAUGGUCGGUUUGAGAUGAUGCACGUGCAGUGUAACUGUGCAGCAUGUGGAGGCUGAAGGUGGCGGAGGGCGGCGGCCCGUGGCUGCGGUCGACCAACGGCUUCCUGGGGCGGGCGGUGUGGGAGUUCGACCCCGACGCCGGCACGCCGGAGGAGCGCGCCGAGGUGGAGAGGCUGCGCCGGGAGUUCGCCGACCACCGCUUCCAGAGGAAAGAGUCCGCCGACCUCCUCAUGCGCAUGCAGUGUGCAAAGCAAAGCAGCCACCAACGACGGAAUCUUCCACGCAUCAAACUUCAGAAGGAUGAGCCAGUCACUGAAGAAAUUGCACUGAACUCCUUGAGGCGAGCUCUAGAUGAGUUCUCUUCACUGCAAGCCAGUGAUGGGCACUGGCCCGGUGAUUUCAGCGGGAUCAUGUUCAUAAUGCCCAGCUUGAUAUUUGCUUUGCACGUCACUAAUUCAUUGAACGUUGUCGUGUCACUGGAACAUCGGCGAGAGAUAUGCCGCUACAUCUACAAUCAUCAGAAUGAAGAUGGUGGAUGGGGCACACUUAUCUUGGGCUCAAGCAGCAUGUUUGGAACAUGCUCAAACUACAUCACCUUGAGGCUUCUCGGUGAGGAACCAAAUGAUGAGAACAGUGCAUUGGCUAAAGGGCGUGCUUGGAUUUUAUCCCAUGGUGGUGCAACUUUAGUGCCCCAAUGGGGAAAGAUAUGGCUUUCGAUACUUGGAGUGUAUGAUUGGUCUGGAAAUAAUCCAAUUUUCCCUGAACUAUGGUUGGCUCCCAAGUUUCUGCCAUUUCAUCCAGGGAAGUUCUGGUGUUUAACCCGUAUGGUGUAUCUGCCAAUGGCUUAUCUUUACGGCAAGAAAUUUGUUGGACCAAUUACACCAACUAUACUGGCACUAAGAGAGGAGAUUUAUAGCACUUGGUAUGUAAAUAUUGACUGGAGCAAGGCCCGUAACGCCUGUGCAAAGGAGGAUCUCCUUUGUCCACGUACAGACUUGCAGAAUGCUGUUUGGACCGCACUCUACAGGUGUGUGGAACCAGUGUUGAGCAGUUGGCCUGUCAACAAGCUGAGAGACAGAGCCCUGGACAACCUCAUGGAGCAUAUACAUUAUGAAGAUGAGAGCACUCAGUAUGUUUGCAUAUGCUCUGUGAACAAGGCUCUAAACAUGGUCUGCUGCUGGGUAGAAAAUCCAAAUUCAAGUGCAUUCAAGCGUCACCUUGCAAGGAUACCUGAUUUCUUGUGGCUUUCAGAAGAUGGCAUGAAGGCACAGGUAUAUGAUGGCUGUCAGAGCUGGGAGACAGCAUUCAUAAUUCAAGCAUUUUGUGCUACAGAUCUUGUCAACGAGUAUAUUCCAACUAUGCAGAGAGCCUAUGAGUUCAUGAAACAUUCGCAGGUUAUGAGGAAUCAUCCUGGUGACCAAAGUUAUUGGCAUCGCCAUAGAUCAAAGGGAUCAUGGACUCUUUCAUCUGCAGACAACGGAUGGGCUGUGUCUGACACUACAGGAGAAGCUCUUAAGGCUGUACUUUUGCUGUCAAAUAUUGCAAGCAACCAUAUUGGUGAUCCGAUAGAAAAAGAAAGGUUGCAUGAUGCUGCCGAUUGCCUUUUAUCUUUUGUGAACAAAGAUGGUACCUUUUCUACAUACGAGUGCAAAAGAACUUCUUCUUGGAUAGAGAUUCUAAAUCCUUGUGAGAGUUUUCCCAAUAUAGUCGUCGAUUAUCCUUACCCAGAAUGCACUUCCUCUGUGAUUCAAGCUCUGAUACUGUUCAAAGAGUUAUACCCUAGUUAUCGUACAGAAGAGAUCAAUGAAUCUAUCAGAAAGGCAGCAAUAUUUAUUGAGAGCAGACAAAAGGAAGAUGGAUCAUGGUUAGGCACUUGGGGUGUAUGUUUUACCUAUGGGGCCUUCUUUUCGAUUAAAGGUUUAGUGGCUUCUGGAAGAACAUAUGAGAACAGCUCUUCCAUCAGGAAAGCUUGCCAAUUUUUAUUGUCAAAGCAGCUCAGUACUGGUGGAUGGGGAGAAAGCCAUGUAUCUAAUGAAACUAAGGUUUAUGUGAACAUCGAAGGUAGCCACGCUCAUGCAGUAAAUACAGCUUGGGCGAUGCUGGCUUUAAUUUAUGCUGAACAGUUUGAACGAGAUCCAACACCACUGCAUCAUGCUGCAAAAGAAUUGAUCAAUAUGCAGUUGGAGACAGGAGAGUUUCCCCAACAAGAACAUGUCGGAUGCUUCAACUGCUCCCUUUUCUUCAAUUACCCAAACUACCGCAACAUAUUCCCCAUUUGGGCUCUUGGGGAAUAUCAUCGCUGUCUUCGUGCAAACAAGAGUAAUGGGUCCAUGUGAGCUAUGAUCAUAUGAACUAGACCAGAUGUGAGGCUGUAAAACUGUUUUUUUUUUGAAAGACCUGGACAGAUUGUCCAGCAUUCAUUAAUAAGAAGUAAAGCUGCUUCCAUGUAUCAGUGUAUCACAUGCAUAAUGUGAGACUGUAAAGCUAGCUUGAUAUGCAUGAAUAUUGUUAUACCUAUCUGGUUGAGUUUCUUAUCUCUCUUGAAACACUUGCAAAGAUACGGCUUAUGUAGAA